UUACAAUACAUAGCUGCUGCGCCUCCGCGAAGCAGCUGGGGUACUAUGAUGAACCCCUUCGUCGCUGUUUCUGUCUCUGCCGGCAUGGCUAUUGAAGAAGCUUCAUCGCCGACUAUCACCGCCUGGGAUACCUCACCAGAACAGUCAGAGCUACCAAAGCUUACACAGAGCACCAAAACAUCUCACAGCUGUAAUAAUAUCUUUUGUUUUCCGAUAUCACCCUGGCCAGAAUCGGAAGCUCAGCCAACAUCAACAUCAACACCAAUCUCAGCUGUAAGUGCGAGUGCCUGUUUACAGAGUCGCCCUUCAGGCCAGACUGGAUCCGCCAUGAAGUUCAAUUUCACAGACACAUGCGAUGGUGCCUCGGAUAUGGCGGAGGAUUGCCGAGUAACGCUGGACUGCGACGCGUCGCAAGGUCUAUAUCCGACAUGCGAGCGCGGGGAGUGCAAAUGCUUGGCCAUGGCAUGUUUUCGAAGGUCAACGUGCUUGGCCUAUCGCCAGUGCCGCGAAUUCGACGACCACGCCUGUAUAAAGGAGAGACAUCAUAAUAGCACCGAUGGCUUGGGCACCUGUGGUGGGACCUUCUCCGUAUACCCGGUGGCGUGCGCCAUGGCAGCUUUCCCAGACAUUCUGAGCAUCCGAAUGGUUGUGAGUAUGAAGAGACGAAUUCCUUGGUCAGUUACCCAGUUGCAGCGCCCCCCCAUCUCUUUGUAUAUAAAGGACUGUGAGUCGUCUCGAUUUCAGCCUACCGAUUUUUUAGAACUAAAUCUAUAAUCUCACCAUUACAACUACUAUUAAAUAUUUUAAUCUCUUUCUAAUAAAACUACCUUUUCAAAAUGUCUUGGCGUGGCGACGACAAC